CCUGGGACUACGAUGAAAGGGGAGCCGACCUCGACAACACUCCGUCCACCGCCGACGACGAGCUUUGGCGGCGGUGGUCCGAGCGCGUUCCGUUCUGCGCGCAUGUCGCGUCGGGCAGCCGCGUCCGCGGCCGCAUGGCGCUCCAGAGACGCCGAUGUGGACGAGGCCGUCGUCACGCCAGCGUCUUCAACCUCCCGUCUAGACAUCAGCCGGGUGUGCCGCGUAGCUAUCUCGCGGCACGGUACGGUGCGGGACUUACUUUUGCACCCCGAUAUGCCGCUCGAGGAGUUGUACGGGUGUCUGCGUGCGAUUUUCCCUCAUGUGAACACGACCCCCAUCGCUCUGAAGAACGAAGCGAACACUCUGUUCCCGCUGUCUCUUCUUGCGCACCAUCCGUCGACAUUUAGCCGCGCUAAGAAGGAAGCAGCGCAUGUGUCGUUCGAACUCGUGUGUUUGGGGGACCCCGACGUGUCGUACUCGGAACUGACGCGUCCCGUGCGUGUGGGUUGGCACGCCCACGGACCCCACGAGCUGACGCAGUUUACAUUGCCGCAACUGAUCCGUGCUUUCCGUCACGCAGCGCCGACCGGUGCGUUGGACCGGAGCACGUUCCACAAGACACUGCCGUCGUUGGUGCCGUCGUCGUCGUCCUCCGCCCCCGACGACGAAAACGGGUAUGCGCUACUGUCUCGAGUGUUCGACGUGUUUGACAAGGAGCGCACCGGCGUGGUGGAUGUCGUCGAGUUCGUGUCGGGUCUGUCGGUGCUCGUCCCCGGCGACCGCGACGAUAAGAUCCAAGCGACGUUCUCGCUGUACGACCAUGCGACGCCAGGGUUCAUCGGGCGCGACGACAUGACGACGUACCUCACGUCCGUGUACCUCGUGGUGGCCGAGCUCAAUCCGGAUGUGUUUGCGACCAACCAUGUGGACCCGAUCCAACUGGGGCACGUGACCGCCGCCCAGUGCUUUGAAGACGCCGACGUCAACCACGACGGACGCCUCAGCUACGCCGAGUUUCAAACGUGGUAUAGUAAAACCCACCUCCAUAAUCACCAGCCCCACGCCCGCAAACUCAAAAAGCAACAACACGAUAUAUCGCAACGUCACCAGCCAUUGCAGGUCAAAUGGACGUUGAGUGCCGUGCGCGACCUAACAGGGCUGGGCGACUACACCGUGGACGAGAUGCUCUUGUGGUUUCCGAACUCGAUGAGUGUGACGGAAGCGGACUUCUUGGCCACCAUGCAGCGCAUUCUGCAGCGCCAGCGCAAACCCGUGACCGUGCAGACCUCCGCCCUCCUGCGCACGCUCUUUGGCCUGUUCGACGCCGACCAAAACGGUGUACUCAACGCUUUGGAGCUCAAAAUUGGCCUUUCUGUGCUCUGCCACCCCGAUCCAUAUGGAAACAGCGUGCGGGCGUCGUUCAACUUGAUGGACUCGAACGGCGACGGCCACAUUUCCCUGCCAGAGAUGACGCUGUACCUCCGCUGUGUGUUCCGGGUGCUCCAUGGCGUGACCAACGCCCAUGUGCCCGUGGCGCCCGACGUCCUCGCGGCACUCACGGCGCAAAAUAUGUUUGACGAGGCUGACCUCAACCACGACGGAAAGAUUUCGUUUGAUGAGUUUUACGCAUGGUACACGGCAGCGGCACCCCCCACGACGGCCCUGCCGACGCCGCCGCCCUUGUUUCCUGGCCAUAUUCGACUUGCCCAUCAACACCAAUUGCCGUCAAAAGGUCCCAUCGCUCGUUCUUCCAACAGCACGGCACUGGAGCGCGUGGGUAUCUUGACCAAUUUGAACUGGCGACAUCCCCUGGACGUAUUUGAAGUCGUCGCGCUGUACGUGAAUGCCGACGGAGUGCUCACCAAGACAGCGUUCGAUCAUGCAUUUACUCACCUUCUCCACGGCUCCACGACGCCCCCCGCCCAAGCUCGACUGGUAGUGGAUCAACUAUUUCGCGCGUUCGACGGGGACGGGGAUGGCGUGGUGGACUUUUGCGAGUUGAGCUCGGGGCUGUCGCUGCUGUGCGCGGGGUCUCAGGAAGAAAAGGUCCACGCGGCGUUCACUUUGUACGAUGUCAACAAGGACUCGUUCAUCUCCCAUCCCGAGCUCGUGAGCUACCUCACGGCAGUGUUUCGAGUCAUCUAUGCAUUUGGGUCGGAUUUGCCCCAAUUGCCGCCUAUGGAGCUAGCCGACGCGACCGCCGCCGACGCAUUUGCUCGAUUUGAUUCGAAUCACGACGGCCAGCUUAGCUUGGCCGAGUUUACAGCGUGGUACCAGACGACGACACCCACUUUGAGUACCCAGCCAUUUGACUUGGCUUGUUUGCGAGAUGUGCGUCGCGUGACCCGAUUGGGGCAGUACGCCGUGGCCGACAUCUUUUCGUUCUUUCAAGCCAGCGCCACCGACGGCGCUAAGAACCACUUGACCAAGGCGCAGUUUUUCAGAUGCUUCAACAAGUUGCUUAGCAAGGUGGACGAAGACACGAGCCGACCGCCGCCCCAGCAACUCAAAGCCACGCUCGACCAAUUGUUUAUUGUGUUUGACUCGGACGGCAAUGGCGUCGUGGACACCAAGGAACUGGCCGCCGGGCUGAGUUUGCUCUGUGGGGGUACCCACCAAGACAAGGUUCAAGCUGCGUUUUCCCUGUACGACACGAACGGCGAUGGCUUCAUCUCGCGCGACGAAAUGGUGGCGUACUUGACGUCCGUGUUCAAAGUGCUGCUGCAGACGUCGCCGGCUCUGCAAGCCCAAUUGCACCACGUCGCACCGUCUCAGUUGGCCGUCGCCACCACGUCUCAGGCGUUUGCCACAUGCGAUGUGAACCAUGACGACAAGCUCAGCAUGGAAGAGUUCACGGCGUGGUACCAGCAGCAGCACCACCACCAAAUACCGUCCAAACAACAGCAAAGUGACCAAGUAUCGUCCUUCAAACAGCAAAGUGACCAACAAGAGCCGCCCCUGUCGCAGACCCGUACCCGCGAGUUGUUGGAUUUGGGCCAUCUCACCGUUGAUGCUCUGGUGGAUUUGUGUCGCGAUCGGCUGUCGGCCCCUGUGACGUCGGAGAAGGAGUUUACGGCGUUGUUUGAUAAGCUGCUCCUGCACUCGACUAACGAAGCCAAGAAAGCCACCGCCCUCGUCCAAUAUAGGCUCUUUGCCUCUCUUACCAGUGCGUUCGCGUCGUUCGUGCCUGGUCUGACCUACCAGGAUGUGGCGUGUGGACUGUCUGUGCUCACCAACGACCAGAACAAAGUCCGCGCGACCUUUAGCCUCAUGGAUCGAGAUGGAGACUUGGCGCUGUCGGCGGAUGAGCUCUUGCGGUACUUUACGGCGGUAUUUGCUGUCAUGUACGUGGUGGAGCCCCCAACAGCAAUGACAACAGGGAAUGUAUCGCCGGCCGAGUUGGCUCGUAUCACAGCUCAACACACGAUGGACAAUGCCGACACGAAUGAUGACCACACGCUCAGUUUGGCCGAGUUUCAAAGAUGGUACACUCAAGACGACAAGAAUGCGAUUCUUCCCGAGUCUGCAUUACCACUGUCACUGCAGCAAAUCCGCCACAUCACGGCGCUGGGGUACCUGGACGUGGAGGAUGCGUUCGAGCAUUUGGCCGACUGCGCGGACGACGCCGUCGACUCUGGCGGCUGCGUGACCCUCGACGCCUUUGCCGUGUGUCUGACCAACUUGGCCGCCGAAUUCCACGGCCAUGUGCCGCCGCUUCUCGCGUCCGUCGCCACCGCCCUCUUCCGCGCAUUUGAUCAGGACCGCGUCGAGUUUGCAGAGCUCGCGGCGGGGCUCAGUGUGCUGUGCAAAGGCACCCGACAAGCCAAAGUGCAAGCCGCGUUUUCGCUCUACGAUUACAACAGCGACGGAUACAUCUCGAUGGAUGAAAUGACUCGGUACCUCACGGCGGUAUUCCGGGUUCUGUAUGUGCUCCAUCCAAACAUGGCGGCGGACACGGGCGUGUCGGCGGUCGAGCUGGGGCAGCUCACGGCCGACGAGGCGUUCGCCUUCCAACCCGACAGCCGCCGACUGAGCUUAGCCGAGUUUGCCGCGUGGUUUGCCAAGCACGAGCCAAACACUUGUGCGUCGUUAUGUGAUGUUAAAGUUGCUCCGAAACGGGAGGUCCCGUGGACUCUGGACGCGGUCCGCCGCCAUACCAAGCUCAUGUUUCAUCGCCCACAAGUCGUGUUUGAACUGUUUGCCCAAGCUGCCCAUGACGAUGGCCACCUCGACCAGGCUGGCUUUGACAAGUGUUUUCGAUAUCUCAUGGGCAAUUGUGCCGACCAAUCAAAACACGACAUGAGCACCGGUGCCGACCAAUCACAAGACGACACGACAGAAACCCAGUUCCUACGCCGGUUGUUUGCCCUGUUUGACUCGAACGAGGACGGUCGGGUCGACUUUUCAGAGCUCUCGGCAGGGCUGUCCAUCUUGUGUGCAGGGUCGAAAGAAGACAAAGUGCAGGCGGCGUUCGUGCUCUUCGACUUGAACGGCGACGGAUCCAUCAGUUUAGAGGAAAUGACUCAGUAUUUGACCAGCGUAUUCCGCGUAUUGUUUGAGCUGUCCGACCAGCCCCGUCAGUUGAACGGCGUUUCACCCGUCGAGCUCGCGACUGUCACGGCCGCCCAAGCAUUUCACCACGUCGACCUCAACCCCGACGGCCGCAUCCGUCUGGACGAGUUUAAGCGCUGGUACUCGAGCCCCCACAACACAACCGCCGUGCUUGACGAUCCUCGUCCUAUACCUGACAACAAUUUUCACAUGGGGUUUUCCCUCCAAGAAGCCCGCCGCGUCACCCAACUGGAGCGCCAUGCCCCAGAUGUGGUGCUGGAGCUGCUUGCAGACUGCGCCGAUGCCAGUGGCGUUCUGACCAAACUCGCAUUUACCGAGUGUUUUCAGGUGCAUUUUCUGUCCAGUGGGGCCGACGACACCCGAGCGUUGGCGGUAGUCCACCGCUUGUUUGAUAUUUUCGACACGGACGGUAACGGCACUGUCGAUUAUGCCGAGCUCACGGCCGGGUUGAGUUUGCUGUGUGGAGGCGGACGAGAAGAUAAAGUACGAGCGGCGUUUGCCUUGUACGAUUACAACCAUGAUGGGGUCAUCUCCCUGGACGAAAUGAUUCGCUACUUGACGGCAGUGUUCAAGGUGUUGUUUGCUACCAACCCAGCCCUGCUGCCUCAGAUGCAAGUCACGCCACUCGAAUUGGCUCAAGUAACUGCAGAACAAGCGUUUUUGGAGUGCGAUAUCAACCAAGACGGCAAGCUCACGUUGGACGAAUUCCAUGCGUGGUACACCCAAUCCAAUAAACCCAUCAAGUCGUCAGCGCUGUCGAUUCCUCUGCCGUCGCUCGCCCAAGUCCACCACUUCACAGACCUGGGCACAUGUUCUCCAGCUGACGUGAUCGAGCGCUUUCGGCAGUUUGCGACGGCCAACCAGCUCACCCGCGCCGCCUUCUCCAUCGGCCUGCAGAGCUUUGCCAAGCCAGCGCACAAGGAAGCUGUGGAUGCGAUCGCCUCGCAUGUGUUUGACUUGUUUGAUACCGACGGCAACGGCGUCGUGGAUUUCGUCGAGCUGGGCGCGGGGCUGUGUGUGCUCUGUGGAGGGUCCCAAGAGGAUAAGGUGCGGGCAGCAUUUGCUUUGUAUGACCUCAACCACACGAUUUCUCGCUCCGAAAUGGCUUUAUACCUGUCGUCCGUGUUUAAAGUGCUGUUUCAUAUCAACCCUGAAACCCACCGUCAAAUGCAAGAUGCGGGGAUUACGCCGGAGGAGCUGGGAACGAUCACGGCAGACCAGGCGUUCAUUCACGCGGAGAAAGAGUCGGAUGGAGUGCUCUCAUUGGACGAAUUCCGGCGCUGGUACCAGUCGACGGCGUCGCAGAAUAUCCAAGUACCUAGCUUGCAACGAGUCAAACAAGUCACCAACUUGCACAAGUUCUCACCGUCCCAAGUGUUUGCACACCUCACGACCUACGUGACCGACCCCCGGGGGCUGGAUCGGCGUGCGUUCGACGCCAGCUUUGCCACGCUACGACAACUGACCUGUGUAUGAAUAAUAUAUGUGAUACUGCGGGUUGGAAUGUAUAUAUAUAUAUAUGUGGUAUAUGGAAUAUAUAUGUUUAUAUAUACAAGUGCAUGGACGUGUUGAUGUUGGAUUGUACUAGUCGAGAAUGGUUUGUCCAUUUCACCCCAAAACAAAUGGGAUUUGCAUACUGAAUCGAUCGAUUGAUUGGUUGGCCUGAUCGUUGUAUGACACACUAUUUGAAGGCACACACUAUUUUUGCGCUGGGUUGUUCAAUAUGCUGGGUUUUGAUUGGUCGAUCGAU